AUGUACGAGAAGCUCGGUCUAUCCGUCUUUUGUAAGGCCACAUGUUAUUAACCGUGCCUGCUGUGAGCGAAGUUCGACAUGCGCAGAGUGGAGUGAAAGCUUACGUAAAGGAAAAUUGUAUAUAAACAACGUUAGGUGCAUUCACACCCAGAAAACUCAAACGUUGCCAUUACGCGAAGUACAAGUAUACACUCCAACUCCGGGAAAGAAUAAGAGACGACUAAAGAUGGCGGGAAGCGGUCACGUGUUUUGGCUGAUUGGACUGUACGUGUUGACCGUUGUCGUUUAUGUGGUUCAAUUGUUCCUUUCCAUCGUGAACGGCAUAAGUUCAAUAGGCAUCUUUAAGAACUCAGUGGGGAAUGUAUCUGACCUGUUUUAUCUGGAAAUCACCCCAGCUGGCUGGACCUUCUCAAUUUGGGGUUUCAUCUACACCUGGCAAGUUCUCUGGCUGGUGUACGCCAUUACUUUGAUCUGCCGCCGAAGUAAAUCCGGUUACCUGUACGUCAAUCCAGGUGUGCUGUCUCCAUGGUUUCUCUUCUGUUUCACAUUGUCCACACUUUUUGUCAUCGCCUGGCUGUUUGUCUGGGAUAACUUAAUCGUUGAGGCCGCCUUUGCUACCUUGCUAGGAGCCACUUUGGCCUCUCACGCCGCGCUUUGUUUUGCUCAUCGGCGAAUGGAAAACAUCAAAUCGGAUCUUGUAGAGCUGUCACAGCGCAAAGACAUCUUGCUGAAGCGAAUUCUCGUUCUCAAUGGCGUGGCAUUCUACAACACGUGGAUUUCCAUUGCUACCUGUCUCAACUUUGCCAUGCUCCUGGCCUACACGGGUUGGAGCCCAGUUCCCCAGGGUGCCGCCUCAACGGCAGCUCUAGGACUUCUGAUGGCUGUCAUUUUCAUGUGGUUUAUUUUCAAGAACUUCUUGUUCGAGAGGCAUCUCCGAUUCACCUAUAGCCCAUUCAUUGUUUUGCCUGUUGGCUUGGCAGGAAGCUUGGACAGAAACUGGGACAGAAAUAACGGAAACUCCCUUCUUACUGCAAUGAUAUUAGCCGUUGUUGUGGUUCUCUUCGGAAUUUCAUUGACUCAUACAAUCGUACGACAAAUCCGGGAAAACAAAUGUUCCCCCCGUCUCGUUGAAGACCCAGAGUCUGUGAGCGGUAAAUAGACUGACUAAUCACAAACUCGAUAUGAUGUCUCCUGGUACAAAAUACUUGUCACUUUAAACGAACAAGUGUUAUACUGUCUUCCAAAGCUGCCGAAUUUAAGAAGAAUUGUCAUUGCCGACUGAUAAAAACUCAGUCUCUUGUAUGUGUACACACUGUAUUUGUCUGCAUGCUUGUAUACAUAAGAACAUAUACACGGACUGAUAAAAUCUGUAUCAGUUUUGUUUGUGAUUAUAUUAUAUUUGAAUGAGGGUGUAUGUGCAUAUUAUAUGAUUUAAGCAUGCUCCCAAUGUUCUGUCCCUAAUGCUGAUGGUGCAGAUUUGUUUAUUUUUCUGCACAAGAGGCCAGUCUUUUGGAUACAUUAUUAUAUUGGUACUAUAUGUCUUUAACUCCAUUUGCAUGAGUAUUUUUGGCAUAUUAUUGC